AUGAAUGAUAAAUCUGAGUCAUCAAGGAAAAAGCUGAGGAGAGAACAUGUAACAUGGAAGCUGCCUAGUUUUGAUUUUCCGGUUGUUAAAAAAAUAUUCAAGGGAAACCUCCAUUUACCAGAUGAACUUUGUGCUUUGGAAACACCAUUUCAAUUCUUCAAAUAUAUGUUUACAUAUGGUUUACUGAAUCACAUUGCAGAACAAACAAUAUUAUACAGUGUUCAAAAAGAUCCAACAAAGCCUUAUAAUACAAACUCUGAAGAUCUUUCAAAAUUCAUAGGAAUCUGUAUCUUACCAUCAGUCAUGUCAUCAAGAAACACUAGGCUGUUUUGGAACCCAGCCGUGGGGUUAUCUGUGAAAUGUGAAACAAUGUCAGUGAAUGAAUUUGAGAAAUUGAGGCAGUUUUUGCAUUUCAAUGACAAUAGCAAGGAAAUUCCUUAUGAUCAGCCAAAUUGUGAUAAUCUGCACAAAAUUUGCCCAGUCAUAGAGUCACUAAAGAACCAGUUUUCCACAAUACCACUAGAAGAGAAUCUUGCAGUAGAUGAGCAGAUGUGUGCAACAAAAUCAAGGCACUAUCUAAAGCAAUACAUGCCUGAUAAGCCACACAAAUGGGGCUACAAAAUUUUCAUGUUGUGUGGUACAUCUGGCUUCACUUAUGAUUUUGAAAUCUAUACAGGACAGGAAAAUCUUCCAGCACGCUGCUUGCAAGAUGAAUCGGAUUUGGGUGCCAGUAGUAAUGUGGUUGUCAGAUUAACACAAUCUAUUCUAAAGCAUGUGGGUCAUAAGUCGUACUUUGACAACUACUACACAUCCUUACAUCUAAUGACAUUCUUGGCUUCUCAAGGAAUUUUGUUUCUGGGAACUGUUAGGAGAAACAGAAUUCCAGACUGUACCAACAGAUGA